AUGUCUAGUAUGGGGGAUCUGAGUUGCGAGAAUGAGGACGAGAUAUACAUGACAGGCGAGGAAGACUUGAGUCAGGAGGACGAAUCAAACACCGCGCAUCACGACCCAGAUGUGACUCGCUCGGGCAUCGAAGUACGCCCUUUACAAGGGAAUGCGCAAGAGGCCCAGCUGACUGUGCAUAUUCCGGCUGCCCAGGACGAAAACACAAGUCAUCCCGGGUCAGCGUGGUCUUCUUCGUCCGAGGAAGAGGAAGACAUGGAAGAAAUUUGUGACGAUGCGGAACAUGAGAAUGACACCGAAGCUCAGGAAGCUGUCAUUACUGAACACAAAACAGAGGAAGGGGAGCAACCACUCGUUGCAGACAUUUCGGGAGGAAGGCCAUCUGACAAUGCAUCAGAUCAUGCAGACAAAGAUGCGACCCCGCGAAGCAUUGAUAGCGCAGUUGCAGUCGGGGAUCCUUUGGAAGAUGAAACUGACCUCUUUUCCGAUUUUGAUGGAGCAUGGUCGGACGAUGAGUCGUAUGAUAUCUCUGGCGAGUCCGCGGAGGACGAUGGACGCGGCGAUGUGGCAGUAGAAGAGGUCGGGCCUCGGCCACGGCUUCGAACAGCAACUCUUGAAGAUAACGACGCGGAUGAUGAAUCGUCUCCGGUAUCACCAUCACUCUGGCGAGCUCAGGAGGAACUAGCGCUUGAGCGUCGUCCGCAUCUUAGAGGUCGCCGGUUGUCGAUCACCGACCAAUACAAAGAUCUUGACUUGCGCCGAGGUCGAGGUAAUAUCGAGACUGCCGCCAAACGUGCCAUGCACCGUAUCGACAAGAAAUUCGACAGCCUCGCAGCAUACGAACGCCCUCAUGAAGGUGGAGAGCGCAUGGGCGAUCCUCGAGUGAAGGCGCAUCUACGGCCAGGGGAGCACGUGAACACGCCGCGCAAGCCAUCGCCGUUGAGACGGUACGAGAGCGAAAAAGCUAUCGUGAACGAAACAGAUGUCGCGGAGCCCCGGUCUCCUGAUUGUGUACUGUUGCCCCGACCUUCUGAUGAGGAGAGACGCGGAUGGGCUGACGAUGACACGAGACGAGCACUCAAGAGGAAGUGGCGCCAAGAUGCAACAGAUCAAAUCAUGCCAGAGGACGUGGAGACUACCUCGAAUCGCCUUGCAGAGCUGCUGAAUGAGGACUCCGCGGAGUCGGUCGAGCUGGACCACACUUCGCUCGCUGUACUUAUAUCUGCUUGCCAGCAAGCAUCGACGUCGGAUGAUACAGGCUUGAGACUAGCACUCUUAGUGUCAGAUCGCGACGCUGAGUCACGCCAGUUCAACUACACGAGAACAGCGAGCAGGGACCUGGCUCCAAGGCUCGACAUACCUCUACGAAGUGGUCCGAUUCAAGAGAGUAGCGAGGAAUAUCUUGUCUCUCCAAUUAGCAGUGACGCAGACGAGCAAGGACAAUCACCCUUGCCUACCAGCGCUCAGGAGCUCGUGGCUACAACAGGCAUGACCACGGAGGGAGCACUUGCUGCGGCCGAAGAGUGGAACCGACGUUGCGACGAAUACCCACUGUCCGAACCGGCGAACGGGACCAAGCCAAAAGAUGCUGGUGAGCGGCUGGCCAAAAAGCGAACCAAGGCAGUAUUUGAAUGGGACUUCGAGGAUUAUCUACUGCGUCGUCAAGGCUUGGAGAGGCAAGCUCCUCUUCGACUACCAGAAGAUCCUAGAGAGCGGGCUGAGUUUGCUCGAGCUAUGGCCCACUUCUAUCGCUAUGAGCGAGACGAAGCAAGGCGUAAGGUUUCCUUUCUGUUCGAAGAAGCUCAACAUGUUCAGCGCCUGAGAGGCGAACGAGAUAAGCUGCGGCGAGACAUGAGUGAUUACCAAAAAGCGAUCGGACAGAACUUCACGGAGGUUGCCGCUUUGGAACAGAAGCUCAGACAGAAGUGUCAGCGUUGUGGUCUGUCGAGUGAUAACCACAUCGAUAACACACCGGCCGGCGAUACUGUCAGAUGCUUAGAUAGCAGACAUGCCGAGCUGGAACAAGAGGUGACGGCAGCAAGAGAGCGAAUACAAGCUUUGGAGGGGGAGAAUGGAGAGCUGGAAGCGUCCCUCGAGAAGAGGAAGGCCAAGAUGGCUGAACUGAAACAACACACGCUCACCUGGAAACAGAAGGCCGACGCCGCACAGGCACAAGCAGAACAAGUUCAAGAGCUUGCCGAUUGUGAGCUAAGACGUCGCGCAUACGAAAGGGUAUACACAAGUAGUGGCACGGAUCCGGCCGACUCGACUAAGCAAGAAAUCGACGACUCGACACAGGAGCUUCAAAGGCAGUACGAUGAGCUGGCAGCUGAGCAUCGCGAGUGCAGGCAGAGACUGGAGCAGAAGACACAGGAUCAUCACGAUGAUUUGAGGAAGUCGGGUGAUAAUCAGAGAGAAUUGCGCGCAGCGAUGGACCAGCUCGAGAGUCAGCGUGCUGCACUCGAGUCUCAACUCAAGCGACUGGCCUCGGAUCAGCGUACCACUGCACUUCCUGACACGAGAUCGGCUUCUACGACAAGACCAUUCACGCCUCCAGAUAGGUUGAUCACUUUGGACGCCGUGACUCCGUCCAUGAUCAUUACCCGGCCGACGCCGCCCAAGAUCGACGUUGAUGUGAACUCGACACUGAGCGCUGAUGAAGUGCAUACCACUUCAGUUCAGACUCCCUGCACUCCCGGACUGACAGCGUUUCUGGACGAGCGACCACCUUCUACUCCAGCGAUAGAGCGAUCCGAAAGCUGGCACGAACGCAAUGCCAAAGUCAUGGAGUCUUCGACAUAUCUGGAAACGACCAGAAAGUUGCAAGCCUGCCGACAAGAACAACGAAAAGCCGAGCUGAGAGCCAAAAAGUACCGAGAUCAAGCAUAUUUCGACCUUUUCGGGGAAUCCUUUCAGCCGGUGACGGAGUCUGAGAAGAAGAAGAUCUACUAUGGCAUAGCGCAUCAGUCCAGACGUGGUCACUGCGAGCAGCAGCAGCGUGGUGGGGACAAAUUACGCGCGCAGGAGAGAAUCAAGCAAAGGUCCAGCGCUGAGACCACAUAUCACGAAGACAACAAGGCAAGACUGAGUGCUGCUAGGGACGAUUACAAUGCACGCAGUCCCACGAAGCCAUAUCGAGUGACUACUCCUGACCAUGAGGACAACCAGGCGAACCUCCAGAGAAGGCUGUGGGGUGGUGCUCAAAGCCCUGCACCACUGGAAGCAUCUCGCACCUUGCCAAAUGCUGUUCCUGGCGGUCCGGUAAAGCAGUCGGGGCUCAAGAGAAAGCUCUGGGGGGUGUAA